AUGGCCGACAAGUUCACACACGACCUCUACAGCCUCACGACAGGUGAGCUCCGCGAGCUCAUACUUGUGCUCUCGAUGAAAAAGAGCAUUAAGGAUACCGCUCAAGCACAUAUAAAUGUGAUGCGCUACGCAUCUAGCCCAACAGCGACCUCUCCCAACGUCUCGGAUCAAUUCUGCCAUCCAGCUACACCCAACCAAGGCUCAAAUUUCGAUGGCCAAGCCUGCAGCAAUUGUGGUACAACUCAAACCCUGAUGUGGAGACAAACUCCUCAAGGAGUGGUCGUCUGUGACGCCCGUGGGUUAAACCCGGCGCGCAAUUUGCAGAGAUUGGACACACCUGCUCAACGCCUCCAGCCUGCGUCUCCCAAAACUCCAAGCCGACGCGCACCUCCCGAGCUCCCAGACCUUUUCAAACGGUUCGGAGUCACCAAGAGUUCAGCCAGGGCUACGACCAGGAAGCAGCCGAGAAUCGUCAUGAAGCGCACGCUUCUGUAUCAUGAUUGCCAGAACUGUGGUUCGCGAUUCCGGCAGCAAGACAAUCAUGCCGAGGCCUGUCAAUACCACCCGGGACAAUUGGUCCAUGCCGUUCCCGAGCACGACUGGGUCCGUACAUCACCACGCCUACAGAGAUUCAGCUGUUGCGGACAGUGUCCAAAGAGCGAAGACUGCCAGUUUGCGAAGCAUGUAUCUCAAGGACAUGACACAUGA